AUGAAAGAAGGAGAAUAUAUUAAGGUUUCAGGACCUCUAGGAAAAUUCUAUUUCAACAUGAUAGAUGAACAAUUUAUGGAUAUUAAGAAUUUAGUUUUGAUUGCUGGUGGAUUGGGCGUGACGCCACUAGUGAGUAUUUUGAAAUAUAUUGCCCAGAAUGGAUUAUAUUUUGUAAAUGUUAAAUUAAUUUAUUCAGCUAAUACGGUGGGAGAUUUUUGCUUUAUCAAUGACAUUUUGGAAAUUAUGAAAGAACAUUCUAAUAUUGAGUGCCAUUUACUGACCUCCCCAACUGAGGAAAUACCCAAACAUUUGGAAUCAAUUUUGAAACAUGAUAGAAUUGACUCUAAUUUCUUGCAAAAAUCAUUAACGAGUGAAGAAUUGAAAAAUGCAUGUUAUUAUCUAUGUGGGCCUCUCCCAAUGGUAAAAGAUGUAUCAGCCUAUCUUCAACAAUUAUCGGUGCCCUUCGAUAGAAUAAAAUUUCAAUAA